AUGGCACAAGGAGGGAAGAAUGUAGAAGACUACUAUAAGGCAAUAGCAAUAGCCUUAGCCAGGGCAAAAUUAGAUGAACCUCCAGAGGCUACUAUGGCAUGUUUCUUAGCUGGUCUUAACAUGGAGAUUGCACAUGACGGUGGUGUCCAUUCAGUUCCAAAGGUCCCUUGGAAACCAAAGGUAGAUAAAACUUCUAAAGGUGAGAAAGAAUUUCCUAAGUUUAGGAAAGAAGAGUGGAAGGGGAAAGAUAAGAGAGUCAUGGUCAUUAGGGAAGAUGGGGAGGUAGAGACUGAGGAAGAAAAUGAGGCUGAACCUUUAAUGUUAGUUGAGGGGAAUGAAAAUGAAGAAGAUGUGCAUGUUGAAGGGCAAUCCGAUGGGUAUGAAUUUGCAUUGGUUACCACGAGGACCUUGAGUGCUCAACCUAUUGCGGAUAGUGAUGAGUUGCAAAGGGAAAACGUAUUUCAUACUAGGUGUGUGGUGAAGGAGAAAUUGUGUAGCAUGAUUAUAGAUGGGGGUAGUUGUUGUAAUGUGGCUAGUUCCUUACUUGUGGAGAAAUUAGGAUUGCCUACCUUUAAGCUUCCUAAACCUUAUGGAUUACAAUGGCUAAAUGAUUGCAACAAAGUGAAGGUAACUAAGCAAGUAGUGGUACCUUUCACUAUGGGGAGCUACCAUGAUGAGGUCUUAUGUGAUGUAGUACCCAUGAUAGCUACACGUGUCUUGCUAGGUAGGCCAUGGCAAUAUGAUAGGUAUGUGAUUCGUGAUGGGAGGAAUAGUCACUACACUUUGAAGAAAGAUGGCCGCACACAUGCCUUAGGUGCCCUUGUCACCAUCCAAGCACAUGAGGACCAAAUGAGAAUAUUAAGAGCUGUUAAGGACAGAAAAGAGAAUUGGAGAGAAAAAUUAAGAGAGGCCGAGCACAAGAGUGAAGAGAGUAAAGAAAAGAGUGAUAGGAAAGAGAAAAAGAAAGAAGUAGAUGAGCUUUUGGCUAAGGGACAUGUCUGUAAGAGCAUGAGUCCUUGCGCGGUUCCUAUUUUGCUUGCGCCAAAGAAUGAUGGGACAUAUAAGAUGUGCAUGGAUUAUAGAGUUAUGAAUAAAAUCACUAAUGUGCCAUUUGUUUGUGGUAAAGAACAUGAACAUGCAUUUGCAAUGCUUAAAGAGAAAUUAUGUUUUGCACCUUUAUUAAUUUUGCCUAAUUUUGACAAGACAUUUGAGAUUGAAGGUGAUGCAUCAGGUGUAGGAAUUGAAGCUAUUCUCAUGCAAGAGAAACGCCCAAUUGCUUACUUUAGUGAAAAGUUGCAUGGUGCCACAUUGAAUUAUUCUACAUAUGACAAAGAGUUGUAUGCAUUAGUUAGGGCAUUAGUGUCACAACUUACUUCUCCGUAA